AUGAGUCUAAUACUUCCACGAUUCAAACAUAUAGUAAUACUUUUAGGAACUUUAGCAGUAUUAUUAUUUCUGAUAAGGCUUCUUCACGGAAUAAAUCCAGAAGAAGUAGACGAGCAAAAAGCCGCACUGAAAAUUCCUGAUGAAGUGAAACGCGCUACAUAUUUGCUCAAUGAAGCCAGUAGCAAAAUUGAAGCUCUGGAAGAAAAAAUUAUUUCUUUAGAAGGAAGAGUGCCUAAAACUUACCCAGAUGUUAAGUUUUUAAAUUACAUGCAACGUAAGAGAAUCCUUAUUACAGGUGGAGCUGGCUUUGUUGGCUCUCACUUGGUAGACAAAUUAAUGCUCGAAGGCCACGAGGUGAUUGUGGCUGAUAAUUUUUACACAGGAAGGAAAACAAAUGUGGAGCAAUGGAUAGGUCACGAAAAUUUCGAACUCAUCCACCAUGAUAUUGUCAAUCCUCUGUACAUAGAAGUUGAUGAAAUUUAUCACUUAGCUAGUCCUGCUAGUCCUCCACAUUAUAUGCAGAAUCCUGUUAAGACUAUAAAGACAAAUACUUUAGGAACUAUAAAUGUAUUAGGUUUAACUAGAAGAUUAAACGCGAAAGUUUUGAUUGCAAGUACCUCGGAGGUGUAUGGGGAUCCAGAUAUCCAUCCACAGCCUGAAACUUAUUGGGGGCAUGUAAAUCCCAUAGGUCCAAGGGCUUGCUACGAUGAAGGCAAGAGAGUAUCCGAAUCCCUUACGUACGCAUACGCCAAACAGGAAAAUAUGCAAGUACGAGUAGCUAGAAUAUUUAAUACUUACGGACCAAGAAUGCACAUGAACGAUGGAAGGGUGGUGUCCAACUUCAUUCUUCAGGCGCUUCAGGAGGAUGUGAUAACGGUAUAUGGUUCAGGGGAACAAACAAGGUCCUUUCAGUACGUUUCAGAUUUAGUAGAAGGAUUGGUAGCUUUAAUGAACUCCAAUUAUACUCAACCAGUCAAUUUAGGCAAUCCAGUAGAGCACACCAUCAAUGAAUUUGCUACAAUCAUAAAAAACCUCGUAGGCGGUAACAGCAAAAUCACCCACGUGAGCGAAGUGGAGGACGAUCCGCAGCGAAGACGACCGGAUAUUUCGCGAGCGAAGAACAUCCUCAACUGGGAACCAAAAGUCGAUUUGAACGUCGGCCUUCAAAAGACUGUCGAAUACUUCAGACAAGAACUGAAACGAUUCAAAUAUACUCCUAGGAAUAAAUUCCUUUCAAAUUUCAAACAUCCUUAA